AUGGGUGUGAAACUUUAUUUUGAAGUAAAAAAGAAUGCAUCUGGAAUCGGCAUGUAUCCGCUUUGUGUUGAUACAACUGAUAAAAUUGUUGGGGAGAUACGUAAUUUUGAUUGUUCAUCAGCCCUAAGACCGUUGAUAAGAGGGUUCGACUACUACAGGCCUGUAGUUGUAGUGGACGUUGCACAUCUUGGCGGGGCUUACAAGGGUACUUUUGUAUCAGCAAGCACACUCGAUGGUGCAGUAUGCAUAUUGCCAUUGGCAUAUGGUGUUGUAGACACUGAAAACAUGUGUAUUGUAUCAGAUAGAAAUGAAAGUAUCAUAAAGAGUGUAAGCAUUGUGUACCCAAAUGUACCUCAUUGUGCAUGCAUAUGGCAUCUUUGGAAGAAUGUAUGUUCAAGUUUCAAAAGGAGUAAAAACACACUAAGUGAUAUAUUUUACUCAAUGGCAAAAGCAUACAGAAAGGAAGAUUUUGAUAAAUUAAUGGCUAAGGUUGUGAAAGUUGAUCAUAGGGUGAAGGAUUACCUUGAAGAUGCUGGUUAUGAGAAGUGGUCAGGAGUUCAUUCAACCAUAAACAGAGGUAGAAUGAUGACUUCGAACAUCGCUGAGCGUAUCAAUGGAUGCCUUGUCGAUGCACGUAAGUUAACUAUAAUAGACUUCUUGGAGGAAGCUAGACUUCUAUUUGGUAGUUGGAACUAUAAACAUAGAGAAAUAGCGUCAUAUCCAAAGAACACAUUGGGCCGACGAUUUGAGGAGAUAUUAAUUGUAAACGCAUCUAAAAGUUCAAAGAUGAAGGUUGUUCCAUCAUCUGAAUAUAUUUUCACAGUUCAUGAAGCCGGAAAAAGAUACAUUGUAUGCCUUGAGAGGAAAACUUGCACAUGUGGAAGGUUUCAACAUGAUGAGAUACCUUGCGCACACGCAAUUGCAGUUUUGAAGCACAAGAAUGUUACAAAUUUGCACCCAUAUUGCUCUGAUUACUACAAGCCGUAUGCAUUAGAAAAAACGUACGAGGUUGUAAUGGUUCCAAUGCCAGAUAAGGAUGAUUGA